AUUAGUUACUCCCGUUUCAAAUUUUCUCCUCAAAUUUUGUUUGUUCUUGAUUUCCUUUCCUAUUUCUACUUGAUCCAAUCGCUCCUUUCUUUAUUCAUUUCUCCGAAGACACAAUCUCGAGAUUGAUUUUUUCUUUCCUCUUUCUCCUCUCUGUGUUUUUUUUUCUUUCACGCGCCCACAUGCGUCUUUCUCGUGUCCUCUGAUCUGUAUUAGAUCACAAGAAUCUCUCUAUUGUUUUUUUAAUAGUUGUCUUCUUCUCUCCUUUAGAGAAACAAUACAGAGAAGAGAAGAAGAUUAGAGAUGACGGUGAUACAGAAAGAGUAAAAGAGAAGAAAAUGCUGCAAGCUAUGGAGUAAAGACGUCAUCUUUUCUUUCUUGCGGAGAAAGUUAGAAGUUAACAAAGAAAGGGUCAAAAUGGAGAACCUUGAUGUUUCCAAGUACAUACACAGCCCUGUGCACAGAGCCGUAGCUUCAAGAGACUACGCCACUCUCAAAUCAAUACUAUCAUCUCUGCCAAAGCCACGAGACCCUUCAGAGAUCCAGUCAGAAGCAGCUUCGUUAGCCGAGGAAGCGAAUUCCGACGCCAUCUCCGCCGUAAUCGACAGAAGAGACGUCCCAAACCGAGACACGCCGCUACAUUUAGCGGUGAAGCUCUGCGAUACAAAAGCAGCAGAGAUGCUGAUGGUGGCUGGAUCUGAUUGGACUCUGCAGAACGAAGAUGGAUGGAACGCAUUGCAGGAAGCAGUUUGCAGUAGGCAAGAGACGAUAGCGAUGGUAAUCGUGAGGCAUUAUCAGCCUCUAGCUUGGGCUAAAUGGUGUAGGAGGCUGCCUCGUUUGAUUGCAACGAUGAGCAAGAUGAAAGAUUUCUACUUGGAGAUGAGUUUUCACUUUGAGAGCUCUGUGUUGCCUUUUGUCUCAAAGGUUGCUCCUUCUGAUACUUAUAAAGUCUGGAAAGUGGGUUCGAAUCUGAGAGCUGAUAUGACAAUGGCUGGUUUCGAUGGGUUCAAGAUUCAGAGGUCUGAUCAGAGUAUACUGUUUCUUGGUGAUGGGUCUGAGGAUGGCGAGGUUGCUCGUGGAGGGCUUUACAUGGUGAACCAUAAGGAUAAAGAAGUGGUGAAUGCCUUGGACGGUGCUUGUGGGUUUGCAUCUGAGGAAGAGGUCAGGAAAGAAGUGGCUGGGAUGUGUAAAAGCAGUAUCUUUAGACCCGGGAUCGAUGUGACGCAAGCGGUUUUGAACCCGCAGAUGAAUUGGAGGAGGCAGGAGAAGAGUGAGAUGGUUGGUCCUUGGAAAGCUAAGGUCUACGAGAUGAACAAUGUCGUUGUUAGCAUUAAGUCGAGAAAGGUUCCUGGUUCAUCAUCGGCUGAUAAAGACAACAACGAUGAUGAUCUUUGCUGUGAUGUUCUUACGGAUGAAGAGCAGAAGCAGCUAGAAGCUGCUCUUAAGCUGGAUUUACCGGAGUUCCCUAAUGUCAGUGGUGAGAAUGGUUAUAUCGAGGCUUCUCCCGUGGAUUUGAGUCCGUGUAGCAAGAAACCGGAGAAGAAAGGAUGGUUAGGAGGAUGGAGAAGGAAAGAGACGAGUAGUGUUAAACAAGAGAAGCAGAUUCAGUACGCGCCUCCAAGAAGCUCUCUUUGUGUGAAUGAGAAAGUGAGUAAUCUUCUUGGAGACUCUAAUCAGAUAAAACCAGGGAGACACUCGGUGGAUAAUGAGUAUACCAGAAAGCCGAGAGCAAUGGUUUCGAGUAGGACGACGAGUCACCAAGAGAGCGAAUACAAGAAAGGUCUACGUCCUGUUCUCUGGCUAUCUCCGAACUUCCCAUUACAAACAGAAGAGCUUCUUCCUUUGCUUGACAUACUCGCAAACAAAGUUAAAGCCAUUCGUCGUCUUAGAGAGCUUCUCACCACAAAACUUCCCACUGGAACAUUUCCAGUCAAGGUUGCUAUUCCAGUGGUACCGACGAUUAAGGUUCUUGUGACUUUCACGAAGUUUGAAGAACUUGAGCCUGCAGAUGAGUUUAAGACGCCUCCUUCGAGCCCGACCGGUUCUUCUUCUGGUGGCUAUGAGAGUCCAGCUACUGCAACUACUGACUUCUCCAACGGAUCGGCCUCGUGGUUUCGUAAGUCUAGAGCAAACAAGGAUGGUACGAGUAGUAAAUCCAAAACUAUGCAAGACCCAUUUGCUAUACCUGCAGGGGUGCUUGCAAGGAAACUUAGUACAAAUGUCUAUGUGACAAGGAUCUUGCUGAGGACUUGUUCAACUGAUGCGACACACAAGGUCUCUACUUCUGGUUCCAAUGAGAGCAAUGCGAAAAGUAAUUCCAUUGACAAUAGUACGCAACACGACAUUGCUAUUGUCGGUGGUGGAAUGGUUGGAAUCGCUUUAGCUGCUUCAUUAGCAAGCAAGCCAUUGACAAAGCACUUGAGUGUCGCUAUUAUUGACAAUAAUCCUCUUUUGGGGAGAAAAAACAUUAUAGAGAAAGGGAAGCAGCCUGAUCCAAGAGUCAGUACAGUCACACCUGCAACAAUAUCUUUCCUCAAAGAUAUUGGUGCCUGGAAAUACAUUGAAGAACAGCGACAUGCGUAUUUUGAUAAAAUGCAGGUCUGGGACUACACGGGCCUUGGAUAUACAAGAUACAAUGCUAAAGAUGUCGAUCAAGAUAUUUUGGGGUGUGUUGUGGAGAAUAAAGUUCUCCAGAGUUCUCAGCUAUCUUGUGUCCAGGAAUCAGAUCUCAAUAAGACUGUUUAUCCAGCAAGGUUAAACUCAAUGGAUAUGUUACCUAGCUCUUCGUUGACUGGUCUCGGUGAAGUACCAUCCACAACAGAUUUGUUUAUGCGAGGACGCCUUGCUAAGCUUGAGCUAAGCGAUGGAAACAACGUCUAUGCAAAACUUGUGGUAGGCGCCGAUGGGUCUAAGUCGCGAGUAAGGGAGUUAGCAGGGAUCAAAACAACUGGAUGGAACUACUCACAGAACGCUAUCAUCUGCACAGUCGAACACACUGUCGAAAACUUCACGGCGUGGCAACGGUUCUUACCUAAUGGCCCCAUCGCUCUUCUUCCCAUCGGCGACAAGUUCAGCAACAUAGUAUGGACUAUGGAUCCAACAGAGGCCUCAGAGCGCAAGUCGAUGAGCGAGGAUGAGUUUAUCAGAGCUGUGAACGACGCUCUGGAUUAUGGUUAUGGUCCACAUCCAGAGACAGCGAGUUCAGCGGGAAGUCUCUCUUGGCUUACAGGAGAUGUGAGUAUAUCUGGUAAGGAGAGGUUUGAGACUCCACCAAAGGUUGUGAAGCUUUCUUCGGAGAGAAUGAUGUUUCCUUUGUCUUUAAAGCAUGCGAAAGACUAUGUGUCGAAGCGUGUGGCUCUUGUCGGUGACUCGGCUCAUACUGUUCAUCCGUUGGCUGGUCAAGGAGUUAAUCUUGGGUUUGCAGAUGCGUCUGCUCUUUCUAAAGCUAUCGCUGAGGGUAUUGCUCUUGGUACUGAUAUAGGAGAGACGAAUCUGCUCAAACGAUAUGAAGCGGAGAGGAAACCUGCGAAUAUAGCGAUGAUGGCGGUUUUAGACGGGAUCCAGAAGAUGUACUCGGUGAAUUUCGGACCGCUGAAUGCGUUCAGAGCGGCUGCGUUUCACGGUGCUCACUACAUUUCGCCGCUUAAAAAGCGUAUCAUAUCGUAUGCUUCAGGAGAUCAAUCUUUGCCACUCUUUUCUUGAGAAACGCCUCGGUAUCAAAUACUCUGAAUCAGCUCUUUCUUUUUGCAUUAUACAUAUUUUAACGGUGACUGAAAACAGCAUCUGUUUUAAAUAAGCCUUGUUAUGUAAUGUGACCUUGUAUUUUAGAAUAUUAUUCAAUAAACUCUUCCAUUGCGUAUGCGUAUCAAAU